AUGCCCUCAAGCACGACGCAAGUAUUCACCAGCACCUAUACCAACCACUGGUUCACCAGCGGUAUAGCGGUCGUUGAAGACUGGGUCAGGGAACCUCUGGGUGGGCUUGAGAUAGCCGUAAUCAUGUCAGCCCAGGACAAUACACUUUCUUCUUUUCCGGUUCAUACUACUAUGUCAUCACGAUUUCGACCCAUUGCCGAUAUUCCGUUGAGGCGAUCCCUCGGCUCCGAGGAGGAGGUCUCCGGAGAACAGGGAACGCAGCAGAGAGCGCUGCAUGGGUCGCAGGAGAUUGGUGUUUCUAACUCGCUCCCUUCGGGACUCGGAGCAGGUCCACCUCAUGUUUCUACUUUGCUGGUUAAUUAA